GUCAAUGGCCAAUGCAAAUAAGCAAAGCAAAGCAAAGCAAUGCAUAAAUUUUUUUCAAAGUAAAAGUAUUUCAAAGAUUAAUUAAUAUUAUAUUCUCUUCUGUACAGUAUUUUUUAGAUACAAAAUCUUAGUUGUGAUCGAAAAAUAAGGAUUCCAAAUAUGUAUUCGAUUAUAUUUUAAGUCAAAUAAAUAAGAUUACUUUUUAGAUUCUCAUGAGAUUUAUUAAUAAUUUUAAACAUGAUCAUGUUGCCUUCGUUUGCUUCUACUUUUUAUAGAAAAUUUGGAAGACAUUAUGUCCAAAUAAAACAUUACAAUUCAUGCAUCGCAGCAUACCGUGUACUACAAAGAGAUAAUAUUUUCUCAGUAGAUAUAAAUAAGAAGCUGUGUAGGUAUUUUCGUUCAUCUGUGUGCCUAAAUGACAAAAGCAAAAAAAUAGAUAUAAAGGAUAUUAAGCUGAAUGCAAAUGAAGACAAAGGAACAGAAAAUGUGGUUAAACAGAAAGCAUUGGCUAAUAAUAUAAUAGUCAAGACAGAAACGGAUGUUGAUAAUAUAGUCACUAAGGUGACCAUAGAGAAGCCAAAAGUUCAACAAGAAGCUGCUGAAAAGCAAGCUGUGGUCCCACCAAAAAGAAAGAGACUUCUGAUUGAUUUUUCGGCAUCAUACACUGAACGUAACUUUAUAACACCAAUGAGGGCUAUGACAGAGUAUUUACUGAAGCAAACAGAUUUGGAGAGUUUGCCAAAGGUGCUAAGAAGAAGUCCAUAUGAAUCUGAACCACCUAUUACAGUUCACUAUAGAAAAGAUGUUGAAGCAAAAGCUAUUGAGGUAUGGGGUUCCAAAGAUUCACUUGAUAAAGAAUUACUAAGAAGAGAGUUGGAUAGGAGAAGAUAUGAACAAGAUGUCUUCACUGUCAAAAGAAGACUCAGGAAUUACAGAAGAGAAAUGGGCCACAAGAGAUUAAAACAUGGUGUAGAAGAAAUGGGAUUAAGAACUGUCUCUGGAAGAGUUGUGCUAACAGCUAUUGCAAUAAAUGGGUGUAAUUUUGUCUUCAAAUUUUGUGCAUGGCUGUACACUGGAUCACACAGUUUAUUCUCAGAGUGCAUACAUUCUCUUGCUGAUACAGUAAAUCAAUUGAUAUUGGCUUAUGGCAUACAUAAAUCAGUGCAAAUUGCAGAUCCCGACCACCCAUAUGGUUAUACCAACAUGAGAUAUGUUUCAUCUCUAAUAUCGGGUGUGGGUAUCUUCUGUGUGGGAUGUGGACUAUCUUUCUACCAUGGAGUCACAGGGAUAAUAGAUCCGCAGCCCCUGCACGAUUAUUACUGGGCGUAUUUUGUGCUUGGAGGAGCUGUAGUAUCGGAAGGCGCCACUUUAAUGGUAGCACUCAGUGCUAUUCGAAAAGGCGCCAAAGAGGCUCACAUGUCUUUAUAUGAGUAUAUAAUGCGUAGUUCGGACCCGUCAGUCAAUGUGGUGUUGUUCGAGGACACGGCCGCCGUGGCCGGUGUGGUGGUCGCGGGCAGCUGCAUGGCCAUAUCGCAGUACACGGGCAGUCCGCUGCCCGACGCGAUCGGCUGCAUCCUCGUGGGCACGCUGCUCGGCGGCGUCGCGUCCUUCAUCAUACUGAGCAACGUCGGCGCACUUGUUGGCAGGUCCAUUCCACAAGAACAGUUAGACGAAAUCAAUAGCGUUUUAGAAAGGGAUUUCAUGAUCCGAGCCAUACAUGACGUUAAGGGUAUUGAUAUAGGUAGCAACCUUAUUAGGUAUAAGGCAGAAGUGGACUUUGAUGGCAGAGCGUUAACUAGAUCUUAUUUAGAAAAACAUGACCUUAAUAUGUUAAUGGAGGAUAUGAAAAAAAUAGAAACAAUAGAUGAUGUCGAAUCAUUCCUACUUAAGCAUGGUGAAAAUAUUGUCGACAUGUUGGGGGGAGAAAUUGAUAGGAUAGAAUUGAAAUUAAGGAAAAAGUUUCCGCAAAUCCGGCACUGUGAUCUAGAAAUAUUAUAAAUAGUUCGUUGUAUGGUAAUGUAUUGCUAAUAGAUCGUUGUUAAUUAUAAAAUAAGCUGUUGUUGCAAACGAUUAUUUUCAUAGAAAUAAUAAUAAUCAGUGUUCUUGUCAACAUAUUAUAUUACCUAUAAUACCUAUUGGCAUAAAAAUAACUGAAAUGUACCCAGCUUGUAAUCCUUAGCCUUAUAUUCGUAUCUACAAUAAAAAUAAGUAGUAAGCGUUGUCAUAAAUUUUAGUAUUUUCAUAACAAACAAAUUCUAUACAAUAGAGACUUUGGUCAUGUUGAUUUACUUACAAAGAGGAAUGUCCACCGGCCCAUACCAAGUCGGCCCAGGGAACCCAGGUAUACAUACCCCCGUAUAAAAGUAUAUGGAGAUGAUAAUAUGAUGUUUAAAUGAUUAUUUGGUUUAAUAAUUAGCUUAAUAAAAGUAUGUUUCUUGAAGGAAAAUACAUUUUUUAGGACAAAUGAUCGCCGGUGAAAAAGCGGCGAAGUAACAUUUGAAGCUUUAUUAUUUUUUUCUGUUACCAACAAGCGUAACAAACAAACCAAUUGUAUGUCUUCAAAACAUAUCGUAAAACUCAGUCUGUAUGGUCAACGAUCUUAGCUUGUCCCCGUUGUGAACAAAUUAAAAAUGUUGUAAAACGUUUUUGAUAAAGUAAUGAUUUAAUUAUUAAAGUAGUAUUAUCAAGAUUUUUUUAGAUAAAAGUAAAUUGCCGGGUGGUUAGGGUAGGCCAGGGCCGGGGUGAGCAUUCCCUUUUUAAUUUUUUAGCAAUAUUAAUUUGUUUAAUUUUAAAACAACAUAAAAAUAUAUUAUAGUUUACGAGUAUAUACCAGUAGUUAAAAUUUAUUUCUUGAAUUUACUAAUACAUUUAUAGCACAUUUACUCGUAGGUACAUUUAUCGCACGUGAAGUGAAGUUGUAAUUUAGAUUGUGUUUUCAAUGUUCAGCCAUUGUUGGUAGUUGUACCUACAAAUUAAGUUUUUUUUCAAUUACAGUUAUUCAAUGUAGGAUGGUUGACCUAAGGCAGGUGCAGUAUUUAUUCUCGAAUAUAAUUUAUCAUUAUAUCCCAAGGUCUCAAACGGACAAACGAUAUAUUCGUGUAUAUAAACUACCUAAUUGUUUUGAAAUAUAUUGGAAAUAUCUAAGGCGACAAUUAAUGUUGAAGCGAAAAAACAAACUCAAAAAGGCUGGAUAACGAAAGGAUAACUCGAAAGGUCGAAAAGGUUUACUAUUAUGACGUCUUAUGGAUUCUUUCAAUAAAACUACAGAACCCUAAAAGGAUGCCUAUUUGGAAAUUUCAAGUUUAGAGGAGGGAAAUUAGAUGAGGUUGAGGAUUUUAUCUGGGAAAUACUCUAAAGUUAGAAGGGUCACGGUUUUCAGGCAAUUAAAUCGCGGGCAGUAAAUUAAUAAUGGGGUAGGUACGUACCUACUUUUCAAUUACACUGACAUGUUUUUUCAAAUUAUGUAUAAAAUUAUUAUAGGCCGCGUGGCGCAGUGGUUAGUGGGGCUCGUUACUGCAUCCAUGGCCGUGGGUUCUAUUCCCACAACUGGAAAAUAUUAGUGUGAUGAGCACGAGUGUUUUCCAGCGUCUGCAUUAUUUUUUUAUACUAUCUAUGUUUACUUGGGUAGAUAGUUGUGUGUAUUGUCCAAAUCAAUAUAUUCAUUUAUAUCAAGUAGGUAAGACUUUGAUGUUUUUUAAUUCGUAAGUUUAUUCUGUCAUCUAGUUUUAACAGACCUCUUCAAACUAGAAGAAUUAACAUUUUAAUAUAAGCAGUAUUGCGCUUUAUCACAUCUCGUUCACAGAAGUACAUUUAUACCGCCAUUGUUGUAUUUCGAUUUGAAGAGUUCGUUUGUAAUAUUAAAGGUACUUGAAGUUUAAUAUCUAUAGCCUGGGAUCCGUGAAACAAAACAAGUGAUUACUAUCAAGUUAAUUUUCCGUGAGUAGCUUCAUCUUUUGGUAAACUACCCUCCUCCCAACUUGUAUCAAUAACGAGGUUAUUAAAAGUUGUUACUAACCAGCUGUUUAUUUUUACUGUUGCUUAAUUAAUAGUUAAACAACUUAACACCCACAAUGACCUACAAAUUGCGUGGUAGGUACAUUGUCUCCUUCCGACGCUCGGAAAUUUUUAUUACCUGGUAACCCAGUUAGCUACCAAAAUGAAGAAUUUUCGUACAUAAAAAAGUUAAGUGUCUCAUCAAGAUGAAGCUACACUUACGGAAAAUUAACUUGAUAAUCACUUGUAAAUUUGUUUCACGGAUCCCGGGCUAUUAUGCUUUGUUUAUAAACGCUGGGUAGCGCAAAGUGCUUUACCUAUAUUCGUAGUGCAGUGAAAUGAUUUUUUAUAGCCGAUGAUUUUCCCACUUACCUAUAUAAAAGAAGAGCUUCUUCCGCUAGAUAGGAAAAGAUUAGUGAUUUAUUGUAGUAGAUAUAUAAUGUUUCGUAUAACGAACUAACGCAAAUUUCCGACUGAAUGACGGAAGUACCAACUAAAAAUAUAUAGAAAAUCAAAUUGAGUUAUCGAAAGAUUGGAACGAGUUUGUAUGGAUGUACUGUGGCUAGACUACUUUCUACAGAUCUAUUUGGAGAUACUCCAAGUAGGCACAUAAUGUGGUCAAGGAUAAUGUUAUUGUUAUAAAACUGUGAUUUCUGUUGUAUAUAGAUCCUAAUUACUAAGUAUAAAAUAUGUAGUUCUAAAUCUAAAUAUAUAUGUAUAAUUUAAACUGUAAAUAAAGCUGUUAAAUUAA